AUGGAAAGGGGAGGCGCGCGAUCGGCACGGCGUCACACAUCGCCCACCAAUCGGAAGACACAGGCGCCGUGUUCAGGUGAGAUGUGCGCGGGUCUGAGACACCCAUCAUUUCCCAGACGACCGGAGCGACUAUGGCGCGCGUUCCCAGGCGCCCCGUGUCCCAGUGGGGCGCACAAAGUCAGGCAGCCUUGGGGGCGCGAUGCCACAUUCGCCAUUGGCGCCGCGUGGGCGCAUUGGGCGGUUAUGCAUCGCUUAUCAUCUGGUCACCUCCGCGCGCUGCAUAUUUCGCUCUCGUCACAUCCCAGACGGCGCUAG